AUGUCCAUUGAUCCGACGGAGGACGAGCAGACCUCGUUCGCAAGCAUCACGGACGCUCUUAGCGUGGACGGCACGGAGCACCCGCGCAUCAUCGGCAAUCUGCAAGCAGCAGACUUCGACACCAUCGUGCGAGAGUUCAAGAUCCAAGGCCACGGAGACGCUGCACAGGUGAAGAUGGCGGGCGCGAUCAACCAGACAGACGACACGGAGGUGGACAUCUUGGACGAGCAGGCCAUCAAGAACGCAUAUAUGAACUACCACGACAGGAUCGGGGCGUUCCCACUGGCAGGGGAGGAGCUGAGUCGAGAACGGCAAUGCACAGUGUGGGAAGCAUUUCGAUCUGGAGGUGCACCCUACACGGACAUGGCGGUGUGGGGUCCACACCUUCACAGGAUCCAAAAGAAGAUCAAGCUUCGCGGUGUAAAGAUCUCGCCCACGGGCGGCGCCACGUCCAUCGAGCUCACGGGCCCCGCGGACUUCGAGGACAGGAGAGCGUGCUACGCUGUGUUCGAGCAGAUGAGAAGCACCUUCGCAGCCUUCAUGAGCGACGCGGGCGGCAAUGCUGGGCACUCAUGCAUAUACCAGGCGGACGACAGGGCCAGACUCGAGCUGGCAGAGAGGCUCCGCAGGACCGGCAAGGAUGAGAAGGACCGGGCCGACGCGACAUCGACCUUACACAAUUUUGACGCUGCCAUGCCGUGGGGGUGGGUCUGGGCAAGGUUGGCGUCGGACGUGCAGUUCUGCCUAAGAGAAGUACAGGAACUGGCAGUGCCGGUGCUCGCGCGCGCCGCCUCGCUGCACCAGAUGAUCGACCACGACGCGCCGAUCAAGCAGCCAGCAGCGACGACGGUCGAAUGCACGGAGCGCGACGCCAGGAACAAUUGUCGCAGGAUGCCCCGCCUCAAGCACCAGUGCGGCAAGUGUUUCUCCAUCGACCACGGCCUGCAGGAGGAUUUGGGCGGGUGUGCAUCUGGUCUGGGGUUGAAGCGACAGUAUGUAUCUAACCAGGGCACUGGGAGACUAGUGUUGCUGCAGAAUGAUCACGACUCCACUCAGAUGCACGACGUCAAACCGCGCGCACAGACGCCUUCAGACAUCGUUGACGCCAACAGCUACGCCACCGACCUCGACAAACCACUGCCGAACGACCUCGCCAGCUACCUCAAGUUCCUAUACCUAUUCAGCGGGCCAUCUGGGCGACGAGACGGCUUCGUCGAAGCGGUGAGGGGCAUGGGGGCGAGUGCGAGGCGCGGCCUGCGCGACCUCGCGCCGGAGGGCCAGGACAACGUCAAGAAGGGCGCCCUGCUCGCGUUGAGGGCGAGCGACGUGCUCAUCGCGAGUUGCAGGGGCGGCGCGCCCACCCUCAACGAGCAGCCCUACUUUGACCCAGAGGGCGCCGAGGGGGCGAGCAUGCGCAACCCGGACGAGUUCCAGUCCAUCAGGCAACGAGACGAGGUCAGCAUGCACGAUCUGGUCCACUGCGAGUACGGCGCCACAGCAGAGAAGCGCAGCUCCAUCCUUGCGAUCGGGGUUGACCUGACGGACGCGUUCGGCAAGUGCUCGCACGGACCACGAUGGUGGAGGCGCCCCUCCACGGGCGAACGGCACCUCCGCCCGCGCCCUCCACUCGUGGGCAAAGAGAAGCUAGUGCCUGCAGGCGGGUGGCGCAGGAGCAUGCCCCUGAACGACAAGCAGUGCCGGAGCAAGUGCAGUAGGACUCCCUUCCUCACCAGCUCGGCGCAGCCUUACCCAGCGGGCCUCAAUAUGCACUUCGCGGAGAAGCUUGCGAUGAGAGCAAGACAGACCCAGGGCGUCAGUUGCAAGGCGCGCCAGCUCGUCAAGGUAGGCAAGAUCCAGUUCAGCCUUUCAUUCCCAGGAGAUCGUACCAGGGACGUCAAGAUCAGGGGGCGCGAGAACGAGCUGUACAUCGGUGGCGUGAGGUACAUCAUCGAGCAGCACCUGGACGCCAAUCCUCAUAUCCAGAUGGCUUGCCUGGAAGCUAUUGGGUCCGACGCAGAAGCGGCGGGCCCGGGCGCGGACGCGCCAGACGAGGUCGCGACCAUGUUGGGCCAUAUCAUGGGCACGAGCGACGCUGGAGGCGCGGCCAGCGAGAUGUGCAGCACGCCCAUCAGGGCGGGCCUCGUCGCUGCUUGGGCCAGGCAGGCCAACGACAUCGACGGGGACUACAUCGAGGACUGGCUCAAGCAGGGCGCGCCCGCGGGCAUCGAGGUGGGCGCCGAGGGCCCUGGCAUCUUCCCCAGGGUGGACGCCGAGACCAGCGAGCUCGGCCAUGACACCCUCGAUGAGCAUGAUGACGAACCCGAGUUCCGCAACUACUCGUUGGUCGACGGCGGCCCGGAGGCGAAGCCAGAGGUUGACCGGCUCAAGGCCACGGGUUGCGUGGCCUUUUUCAAGUCGUACAAGGAAGCCUGCGCAUGGAUAGGGGCCAAGCCUGACGUGUCCAUGCUUGGCAUGAUCACCAAUAUCAAGAAUGGGAAGGUCAAGCGGCGACUGAUCCUGGAUUGUAAGCAAUCGGGGGUCAAUGCUACAGGUCGGCAGAAGCAGAAAAUCGUUCUCCCGCGGCUGUCUGACGUGAUCGACGAUGCCAUUUACCUACUGAGAGAGUGCCAGCACGAACCCCAAAAAGUAGUGGAAUGGCUCGUGCUGGACUUCACGGACUGGUUUUACAACAUCCCGCUGAAACAUGUUCAGCGCAGACACUUCGUGGCCUAUUAUGGCGGCGAGUUCAUCAUAUUCCUCACUAUGGCGCAGGGCAGUGUGAACGCACCACUCGUGCGCGGACGCGUGGCGGCCCUAGUGGCGCGCCUCACGCAGUCAAUGUUCCGGCCAACAGUGUUGAGGCAUCACACCUACGUGGGUGGUCCGAUCAUCUCCGUGCGCGGGAACUUGGCGCAGCGGGACAUCUACUUCGCUAUAAUCAUCCUCGCGCGGCGCACCUUGGGCCUCAAGUUCGCCUUCAGGACGGCGGAGAGGGGCCAGGAGGUGGACUGGAUCGGAGCGCGCCUCUCCUGCAAGGUGCUGCCCGAGCCCGUGAUCGAGGUCACGGCCGCGCAGGACAUCGUGGACGACGCGCGCCAGAUGAUCGCGACCAUGAGAGGUUCCAACGUCGCGCCUGUCAAGGAUAUGCAGUCUCUGGUCGGCAAGGCCAACCACCUCGCGGGCAUGAUCGAGGCUUGGAGACCAUUUCCGCAGGACAUGUGGAGCACGAUCGCGGCGCACACACGAGGUGAGACAAGCAGCGCACCGCGGCAGUGCGUCUGGGCGAAGCAGAUCACCCAGGCGUUGGAGUGGAUCCAUGCGUUCUUGUCAGGCACCCUGGGCUCACUAUCGAGAGUGCACCGCGCGCGCGAUUACUUCGGCUGCGCCGAGCGGGUUGCCAUCAUCACCGACGCGUCGCCGGGGGGGCUGGGCGGCUACAUCAUGAACGGGGAUCAGGUGAAGGCCUACUUCACGAGCCCGCUCACCCAGACCGACGCGGUCGUGCUGCGUGCACCGCUAGGCUGGGCCGCUGGACAACAGAUCUGGGAGGCGCUCGCGAUGCUGUAG